AUGCUCUGUAUGACCUCUGUAUCGGAAGCGGCUCCGCCGGAAGGAACGACGCCGACUGGACGUCCACCAGAUGAUCCGCAGCCGCCGGACCUGACUUCACCCACGCCGACGACGAUCAUUGAGCUGGAGGCCACCCCUUCGGCAGAGACUUCUGUGAACCUGAUGCUUAUUGACGAAAGCGCCGGCGAGGCGAACAAGGUCAUAGAUGGCACAAAGAUACCGACGGCAACAUCGGGGGAGACUGGAGGGGACAAGCCUGCUGGCCUAUCUAUGAUCUCACUCCGGGCUCUCUGGCGGCCAACAAGUGCUUGGGAGGUGCACGCGCUGGAUGAUGACUGCUUCCUGGUUAAGCUUGGGAGUGACCAGGACUAUUUUAAGGCGCUGACGGAAGGACCAUGGGUAAUUUUUGAUCAUUACCUCUUGGUCCAACAGUGGACUCCCUCGUUCAGAGUCUCGGAUCAACUUCCAAAAUCGAUGGUGGUCUGGGUGCAAUUUCCAGGCUUCCCUGUGCACUUUUAUCAUAAAGAAAUUCUGUUCUCGAUGGGGAACAUGAUUGGCAGAGCUAUCAAAUUGGAUUACCACACACUGCACCAACAACGGACGAAAUUUGCUAGGAUUGCGGUGGAAGUGGAUUUGUCCAGACCCCUUGUUCCUCGAAUUCGUCUCGAUGGAAAAUGGCAGCCAGUCGAGUACGAAAAUGUUCCGGUGGUCUGUUUCGAGUGCGGAAGGAUCGGACAUGCCCAGACCUCCUGCCCCAGUCUUCGUCCUACCAUUCCGACCAUAAACUUCCCGGGUGCCGGAGGAGAGCUGAGCGCCGGCGACAAAACUGACGAGCGGGAGCCUAACGGCGGGUUCGGUCCUUGGAUGGUAGUCGCGAGAAAAUCUCGGCGCAAUCAGAGGGCUUCGCCUAACAAAGGAAAGGCAGGGGUGGAGAAUACCGUUGGCAACGGCCCAGAUUUGGGGCAUUUGGGGAAACUAGAGAACAAGAGCUUGAAUGACUUACCUUCUUCGGAUUCUCAAUUGCGUCAGCCGGAGCCACCCAAAUCGCAGGGGAAGAUAGCGGCCAGGGAGAAGGCAUCUUGGGCCCGCGUCCUGGGCCUUCUUUGGGCUCUAUUGGUGCCUCCACUUCAGCCAGCAAAAGCCUGCUUCCCCUUUUAA